AUGGCAGAGCAACUUGUGUUCGGAGCUGCCGAGCGGAUCAUUGAUACUUUGAGUUCACUGGCUGACAAAGAGAUCGGACUGCUAAGGGGUGUCAAAGGUGAGCUUCAACGCCUGAAGAACACCGUUUCAAGAAUCAAAGCUGUGCUUUUGGAUGCGGAGGAGAAACAGGCUGCAAGAGACGGCGAAGCAGUCAAAGAUUGGCUCGGGAAGCUGAGAGAUGUCUUUUAUGAUGCGGAUGACUUGCUGGAUGAUGUUUCUACUGAAGUUCUACGAAGGGAAAUAAUGACCCGUGAUAAGAAGGCCAAAAAGGUAUGCAUUUUCUUUUCCAAAUCUAACUCGCUUGUCUAUCGUCAUAAACUGGCCCAUAAGAUUAAGGCGAUUAGGAAGAGGUUAGAUGCCAUCCACGCUGAUCGGGUGAGCUUGGACUUGGUGGUAUGCAAUGCAGAGACUCGAGUUGCGAGUCGGGAGACCUAUUCUUUUGUUCGUGAGAAGUCAAUUAUUGGUCGAGAGGAUGAUAAGAAGGUGGUUACAGACCGUCUGGUGGACUCUAACGUUGAAGAUGAUGUUUCAAUCCUUCCAAUUGUUGCCAUAGGUGGAUUAGGAAAGACUGCAUUGGCUCAACUCAUAUUCAAUGAUGAGCAAAUCCAAAAACAUUUUCAGCUCAAAAUGUGGGUGUGUGUCUCUGAUCCCUUCAAUGUUAAAGAUAUUGUUGGGAAAAUCUUAGAAUCCGCAAAAACGUCGAAACGACCAGGUGUUCAAAUGAAUACACCGGUAAACGUUCAAAUGAAUACACUGGUAAACGAUCUUAAAAACGAAAUCGAUGGAAAGAAAUACUUACUUGUGUUGGAUGACGUGUGGAAUGAAGAUCAUAGAAAAUGGUCCGAAUUGAAAGAAGUGCUGAUGGGUGGUGCAAGAGGCAGUAGAAUAUUGGUGACUACUCGCACUGAAAGAGUUGCAAGCAUUUGCGGGACAGUUAAAUCAUACUCCUUAGAGGGUUUACAGGAACACGCGUCGUGGUCUUUAUUUAUGCAGAUGGCCUUUGAGAAAGGACAAGAGCCGGGGGAGAAUUCAAGCAUCGCUGCAAUUGGGAGGGAGAUCCUAAAAAAGUGUUCAGGUGUCCCUCUAGCCAUAAUAACAAUUGGAAGUUUACUAUUCAAAAAACCAGAAAUAGAGUGGUCGAAUUUUAAGAAUGAUAAACUCUCAAAAGUACCUCAAAAUGAAACUGACAUCUUACCAACUCUGAAGCUAAGUUAUGAUCAACUUCAAUCACAUUUGAAGCACUGCUUUGCUUAUUGCAGUUUGUUCCCAAAAGAUUUCUACAUUGAUAAAUCAAAACUGAUCAAGCUUUGGAUAGCACAAGGGUUUGUCAAGUCAUCAGGUCAAAGUCGAUGCUUGGAAGAUGUUGGUAAUGAAUAUUUUAUGGAUUUACUUUGGAGAUCAUUCUUUGAAGAAGCUGAAACAGAUGAGUUUGAUAACAUAACUCAUUGCAAAAUGCAUGAUCUCAUGCAUGAUCUUGCCAGUUUAGAGGCAGGAUCCAAGUCGGAUACGAACAUUUCUUUGUCACCCUCCGAACUACUUUGCGGGUGGUGA